UCUUGGUAAACCAGGUAUGCAGACGAUUACGUUAAAAGUUAUCUUAUUUUGUAUCUCGUCCGAUUGAUGAUCGACGAUCGAUCGGGAAGAGUAAUAGUGGAAAAGAUGAGCCGUUUAAUCAGGAACGCAUAUAAGACGGUGGCCUACGGCUUGAAACACCAUACAGUCAACCAGCGUCUCCUGCAGUCCGCAUAUAAAUUUGAUACCCACUAUGAUGAAUUGUCCAAAGUCGCAGCUGAAGUCAAUGAGUUGACAUGUCCAAAGAAGAUAGAGGAGGCCAUACGAGUCCUUCAAAUGGGAAAUGAGUCUGGUGCAUUGCUUGACAAACUCAUUGAUGAUUAUACACAUUUCAAGCUACAUGAAGAACCAAAUCUCACUGCAAGCAAUAUGCUCAGAGAUAUUGCUCUACCAUGUUCAGCAGGCGCUGGGCUUACUUUCCUACUUGGGGUGAUUGCAUAUGACAAAAAGAUGAAGGAGGAUUGCCAAGAACUUGAAAGGCAACUGUCAACACUUGAAAGGGAACAUUCAGCACUUGAAAGGGAACUAAGGGAACUGUCAACACUUGGAAGGGAACAGUCAACACUUGAAAGGGAUAGAUCAGCACUUGAAAGGGAUAUAUCAGCACUUAAAAGGGAUAUAUCAGCACUUAAAAAUGAACUGUCAGCUGGAAGUGCCAACUAGCUUCAAGGUCAACUUCCGUAAGUUAAACAGAGCGGACAAACCACUUGAGAGUACUGUGAUGAUCCUCUUAGAUAAAUUGCUUGUUAUGUGUGGGCAUGUAUCUUAUAACUUUAUGGCCUGUUCUGUGUGGUUUAGGAUUAUAAACCUAUAGUUAGAUUUAUGAAUAGCUAAUGUUGAGCUUUUCUACAGAGCUUAUAACUUUUUAAGUCGUGUUUCAAGUGGUUUAGAACUUAGUAUGGUUGUUAUUAGUUUUAUAUCCCGUUUAUUGUGGUUUAGGGUUAUAAAACUGUAUUUAUAUCUACUAAUUACUUACAGAAAUUGGGUGUGUUUGUUUCAGAA